CUCUCUCGAGCUGAAACUGCAGAGGGACUCGCGCACAUACACUAGCACGCGACUGCGCGAGAGAAGCGUUCAUCCUCUCUUUCUCUCUCUCGGCUGUUCAGUUUUCAGCGGGCGUCGCUAAACUCGUAUACGUGCGAAGGAUUCUCGAGGCGGACAGAGGAGCUCCAGCAGCGCGCGGACACCCCGGCCCACCUCUCUCCGGUGAUGACCCACUAGGUCUUCAGUGUCCUGCGCUCACAGACCCCUGCCCUACACACACCCACACAGAUUCGAAAUGGCCGCCACCAAGAGCGGCUACGAGGGGAAGAUAGCUGGCCUGUACGAUCUGGACCGGACGCUGGGCAAAGGUCACUUCGCUGUGGUCAAACUGGCAAGGCACGUUUUCACCGGCCAGCUGGUGGCUGUAAAAGUGAUCGAUAAGACGAAGUUGGACGCACUGGCCAUGGGCCACCUGCUGCAGGAGGUCCGCUGCAUGAAGCUGGUGCAGCACCCCAACGUGGUGCGACUGUACGAGGUGAUUGACACGCACUCCAAACUCUACCUGAUCCUGGAGCUGGGCGACGGCGGCGACAUGUACGACUACAUCCUGCGCCACGAGGGUGGCGUCGCCGAGGAAACGACCAAGGUCCACUUUGCCCAGAUCGUCCGGGCCAUCGCGUACUGCCACUGCCUCCACGUGGUCCACAGGGACCUGAAGCCGGAGAACGUGGUGUUCUUUAGACAGCAAGGAACUGUCAAACUGACCGAUUUCGGCUUCAGUAACCACUUCCAGCCCGGCACCAUGCUGAUGACCAGCUGCGGAUCGCUCGCUUAUUCAGCUCCAGAGAUACUGCUGGGGGAGGAGUACGACGCACCAGCCGUGGAUAUUUGGUCCCUGGGAGUGAUCCUCUACAUGCUGGUGUGUGGCCACCCACCGUUUCAGGAGGCCAACGACAGCGAGACGCUCAUCAUGAUCAUGGACUGCCGAUACAACGUCCCAGACCACGUCUCUGCAGAGUGUAAAGAUCUUAUCUCUAGGAUGCUGCAGAGGGACCCCUCUAAGCGGGCGAGUCUGGUUGAUAUUGAAGCCCACCCAUGGCUGCAGGGUGUUGACCCCUCACCCUCCGGCCACAGCGCAGCCCCGCUGACCUCCCAUCGCAGCCUGUCCCCCCACGAGCACGAGCUAAUCCUGCAGGCCAUGACCAGCGGCAACAUCGCCGACAGAGACACCAUCCAAGAAGCGCUGGAGGCAGACAGAUAUAACCACAUCACAGCCACGUACUACCUGCUGGGAGAACGCAUCCUACGAGACAAGCAGGAGCAGAACUGCCUCACUCCGGAGCAAAGACAUGCACAGAGGCCCUUAUCUGAGCCACUGGACCUGGUGGAAGGCCGGAGCCCCCAGGCCGAUCCUCUAAGAGGUGCUACUUUGGCUCCUGUGACUGUGCUAGGCUCCCUGUCUCCAGGGUUCCCUCGUCGGGGAGUGUGUGAGUCCGGGGACCUGCUGGCUCCCAAACCCAGCCGCCAGGAUGGCUCAUUUGCUGAUUUUGGCAGUCCAAGUCCCUCUGUGGGACUCAGCCUCCGGUCUGUAGCUCCAGACCCAGUGCCAGCUGUAAAAAGCCUUGGAGCCCUGCAACAAAUCUGUGAGGAAGAAGAAGAGGAAGAAGACGAAGGGGAAGGCGAAGCUCCACUUGCUCUGCAACCUAGCAAACCCAGCUUAGUAGUGUCAGCAGAACCAUCCUCACAAUCUCACAUAGAUUGUCUGGAAUUAAAGGCCCAGGGUGGCCUGCGGCAGCUGAAAGUAAGAGGGAAGUGUGCAAUCCUGGCAGAGGAGGGGGAGCAUCAAGAGGAGGAUGCGGAAAAUGGCCCAGAAAAGACCUCCCAGGAUUUAGCAACUAGCAUCAGCAAAGUCACAGAGGAGCAUCGAGUGGAGAACACCAGCAAACAACCCAGAGAAGACAAGGAGAAGUCAGAGACUGAGGACACUAACCACAAUGAGCAAACAAAGAAGGAAGACUGGGGGAACGCUCCUGACCAGCUUAGCAAGGUUUCAGACAGAGCUGAAGCUGACAAUGACCAGAAUCUUCAGAAGUUAGAUGUACUAGCACCUAGCCUCGGCGCCGUGCAAUGCUGCUUGGGUCAACGUGAGCCCUCCAAGGACACUCUAGAGGAUAACAACAACACCCCUUCCAAGCCAAAGCUGCUGGACAAGGGUGUGAUCUCUGCCCCUUGUGGCUCACCAAGAUCUCUGCCCAAGAACCACUGCGUGGACCUGGGUCCAGAUGGGGUGGAGAUGCGCAGGACGGGUGGGGAGGGUGAGAAGAUGGAGGAGACCCAGACCAAACCUCAGCAAGGCCAGCGAGUAUCCAGGGAUGCCGGCACAGACAUCAAAAACAAGAAUGUCAACCUGCGAGACCGCCUGUUGCAGUUCCCACUUUGUGAGAAAGCCCUGUCCUUCAACAUUCAACCCACCUCCAAAGAAAAACUGCUUCCCUUUGCUCAGUAUAAUUGUUGCCAUGUGCUAUAGAAACAAGCGAGACAUUCUGAAAGAAAGAAUGAGAGGGAAUGUGAAAAAACCUCACCCUUUCCCAAAUUGCCCCAUUCUCAAAUGGUGUGAAAGCCGUCCAAACCUUCGCCAGCAUCAAAUCACGCUAGCUUGUGGAUCAAGUUCUUCUCAUUUGUCCUCCCCUCUAAACCACCAGUAGUUUUUUAAAGACACAGCAUGUGUCCUCCUCUCUUACUGUGACCUCAGAGGUGCCCUGGCUACACACAGAAAGCGCCCAAUCUACUUAAUAUACACCCAUAGCUCGCCCCCACCCCUGACCCAGCAUUCCCUGCUGCUUUCCUGUGCGGUGGCUAAGCCCCCAGCGCUGCUGUGUAUAUAAACACCUGUAUCUUCUGAUGCCACUUGCUGUGUUGUGUGCUAUCUCAGUGACCUUUAUUAGAAUUAGAGUAUGUCUUGCCAGUGUAAGAGCCCCCUGUUCAAUACAAUCGCUUGUUGUUUUGCACUGUAAAAGCAGAGCUUCACCUAAAAAGAUGGCACAUAUAGUGCAGACGUUAAAGAAAUAGUUUGAUCAAAGGCUCCCAUGGAAAAAGGAAAAUAAUGCAAUGUGUUUUUAAUUUAUUCCAAAAUAUUAAUAGAAUACGUUUUGAAUAUAUUAUUAUUUUGCAUAGGCCAACUUGACUAGCAUCGGUAGCCCACAGUUAGCAUGGAGAAAUCAACACACUGUUAACUGAGAGACAUUAGUUUGUGGGUAUAUAAGUAUAAUGUAUACCGUAGUCUGGGAUGGCUGAACUAUUUCCUUAAUAGUGCUUAAAAAACCCAGACUAAACUUUUAGAAAGGAUCUGGCGAGGAAGUGUGGAACUGUGCUAGAUUUCCUAAAAACUUAACAGCAUCGCCAUUACCUUCAACUAUGUAUUAGAGACCGUAUGUGGUGCUGGGAAACCUUUAGGAAAGUCUGGUUCAGUUUGUGGAGAACAUACUUCGGUGCAGGAUCUUUGUGAAGGUGCAUGUCAUUGGCCCUAUGGCAACUGCCCCUGUUCCACUGGCCAGAGUGUUUGUGGGGUUUCGGAGGGGCCGGGAUGCAUGAGAGGUAGGCCGAGCAUUUUGCUGUUUGGGAGCACGGAAAUGGGAGCAUGCUACAUUAGCACAGCUUAGACUAGCAUUAGCGCCACGCUAGCUGGGUUGACCAGGGAAAGGCUUGGAAUAUAUCUGUGAUACAUUUUUCCAAGGAAAAGGACUUGAACAGAGGUUAUAGAGAAAGACUUUCUGUGAAAAGGACAUUACCUGACGAGAGAAGACUGGUCUUCCUGAAGCUAUUUUUUUUGGGGGGGGAAAUUUUGUUUCAAGUACUUAUAUUCUUGGAAACGUUAUGGGAUUUUUAUCAUAUCAGAGCCUUAUUAAGGGUAUGUUGGAAACAUGGUGACAAGAUUUCAUAUCAUUUAUAGUUUUAUUUCAUUUUAUUGUAUUGUUACAUAAGAGGACCUACUUGAGAGAUUGAGACAGCUAGGUUGUAUAAUCUUAGACAUUAAUCUUGAUUUUAUUGUUUGGCGUCUGGGUGCAUCUUGACUGUUGAGCAGGCAGUCUCUUGGUAUAAGCUCUUGGACACGACUGGUCAUGUACAGUGUGUAUAUAUUCUUUUGAGCAUGUGUUGUUAUUUGUGUAUAUGCUAUUGACAUGACAUGGUGUUUUGACCUAACAUACCGUUUGAUGAAACAAGCUCUUCCCCUCCUUGUCAUGAGCUGUCUUACAGUGAAGGGAGAACAAAACAUUCCCCUAAAGGAAAGUGAGAUUGUGGAAAAAAUGUUUAGAAACACAAAAGCUUAAUUUUGUCUAACAGUUGCAGAACUUUGUGUGCUAAAUUAAUGAGGCUAAGCAUAGUGCAAGUUUUCUCUUAAUACAGCAGUGUUUUGGUCGUGGGUAGUUGCUAUAUUGCGUGAGCCUAAAACCACCAGGUCAGUAACUCAGUGUCAGCCAGAAGUAUUCCUCUAAAUAGCCCAAAUCCACAUUGUCCAGGUAGCUUUACUAGUGGUGGCUAUUGGUCCUCUGGUACUCUCAGUGACAUGUACGUGGCUGAUUACGUUUUCUGAAGUAUGAGGGAUAUAGAUUCCUUUCACACGUGAUCAAAUCAGUCUUGUGAGUUUACUAUCUGAUAUGGCACAGCAGAAACACGGGUGCAAACAGAACACAUUUGUGGCACACAAAUAAACCACAGAUAAGCUGGCCCAAAAGCAGCCUAUGAACAGCGCAGUCAAAUAUGCUAUAAUGUACUAGGUGCUUUGAAGAGAACUUGCAGUAAUGGGUCAAUAUUGAAUAUUUCUAACAGCAACUGAAAGGUUUAGAUUCUGUUAUCAAGAUACACUGUAAAUGCUCAUUUAUAUGAACAAACCAUAAACGUUCAUAUCCAAGGUCAGGACAAAUAUUGUAGUUUGACCAGCGUCAUCAGCCAUGUAAUGUUUAUGGACCAAGAGUUGUGCUUCAGGAUCAGGUUUCCCUCUGUCUACAUUCUUUAAGAAGUUACAGAAAAAUGCUCCAAAGGUAAAGCAUUUAAGGUCUUUAUCUUGGUGCUCAUUUUGGUACACUCAAAAUAAAGGCUGCUUUAGGAACACGCUAUAACUAGCUUUAAAGGUGGAGGUUCUUCAAGCUUUAAAAAUGUUCUUCACACAUUUAAUUUACAAAAAAAAAUGAUUCCUUUAAAAACUGUCAAGUGAAAGGUUGUUUAGGGAACCAAAAGUGGUUAUUCAAUGACAAUUUGUCUGUCAGGUACCUUGAUUGUUAAGAGUGUAUCAUAACAGCAUUUUUUCACUUACAUUUCUUUUAAAAAGAAAUGAACCUACCUAACAAAGAAGUUUCGUUUUUUAACAACGUGUAAUGUUUUAUUAAAAUUCCAAAGAAGGCCAUGUGUUUAAAGAGUGAACCUGAUCCUGUACUACAACUCAAAGACACUUUAUGACUGCAGGUCUGCUGUGAAUAUCUAACUGUACAUGAAAAAACAUGUAGAAAAGCAGAAAGACUGUACAAGUCAUGAUCACCAUUCUUUACUCACCCUUCUCGUUUUUGUUUUUCAUUUUCUCAUUUGACUUGAGUCUCCCGUUUACUGACCAGUUGCAACCACUCCACAUGGGAGAAUGACAGCUGGACAUGUCUAUAGUCCCAUUGACCCUUAUUAAAUCUAUGACUCUGUCUCAAUGAGAUUAAUUUAUUUUUGUAUUUAUUUAUUAAAAUGGAUUAAACCAAAUGAAUGUGUGUU